AGAGCUUAGAGCAUGAUUAAUAGAGAGAUUUUCAGAAACUCUCAAGUAAAAAAGAAAAGAAAAAAAUAUAUAUAUAUGAUGUGGCAUCAAUUUUUUCUUGAAUCGAAGAGCUUAUAGAGACGGUUCUGAGUAAACGUGUCCGAAACUGAUUUGUUGAAAAUAAAAUUUGGUUAACAAACAAAAACUAAUUUUCUAUUUUUUUUCUUGUUUCUAUCGAUUCUUUUGGGUUUUCUCUUCUUCUUCUCCGACGACGAAGAGCACCACUUGAUGCUGGAGCUUCUAAGCAGCACUUUUUCUUCUCACAUCGUCAUCAAGGGCCGUCUCUGCAAGAGGAAGACGCUAAGCUGGUACACACUCUCGCCACAAUUUUUACUCAGAGUUUCCAAUCCCACGAGCAUUCAUGAACGAGAAGAUCAGUAUACUAAACAGAACCAAAUCAAAUCAUUAUGUACUCAGAUGAAGAUGCUGCUAUUCAGGCCUCCUUGCAAAAUUCAAAGUGCUCAGGGAUCAGUUAAUAUUUUGACGAACAUGCUUGGUGCUCUCGAUCCAAGCCAUUCCGAGAGCAAUGUCGUACUUAUCAAAGACGUAGAUGAGGGACUUCUGUUUCAAGGAUUGGCAUUAAACGACAAUCUGCAGCACCAUGAUGAUAAGGCAAAGGGAAACUCUGCUCCUGGAAACUCUGUUCCUCUAACAGCUCCCACUCCAAUACCGCUUGUUAGCAUCAGCCAUGACGAUGAUGAAGGAUCUACAAACCUCAAGGAAGAAUUAUCACGGGCCUGCCUCGAAAAAGAUUUGGAGCUUGAUACCGUGGGAUAUAAUAUUCAUAUCAAGGCAAUGCUAGAAGCAGAUCUCAGCUUAAAUGCUGCGUUGCACAUAUUCUUAUCUCCUUCUGACCUUUGGUCAAACGGUCAAACUCAAAUACCAAUCUUUAUG